AUGCGUCCGUUGCUGCAGGAGGCGCGAUUUGCCUGUUUCGACGACCGCGACGACAGCGAUGGCGCCUCGUCGAGCACGUCGUCGCUGCCCACGUUUGCUAUCCCCAGUCCGACGGGUCGCUUGCAGCCGCGCCCGAGCUCUAUAAGCGGUCGGCCAGUGGCGUGUCGUGGCUCGGGCAGUUUCGUGUACCAGAGCGAGAGGUUCCGGGACCGCUUUGUGUGUUGGCGAGUGGCAGAGAACGUGCUGGUGCUGCGCGAGUGGAGUUUCCACACGACGUUGAAGCGGAACGGGAUACGGCUCGAGUUCCCCGACGCUGUCGUUGCCACGGGAGUGCUGGCCGUCGAGAGCGGGGACGAUGCGCGAGCGGGAGGAGGCAACGCAGCAGCAGUGACGAUCAGCGUCGUGACGCUCGCGGGAACGAUCUACCGCUUCACCUAUUCCAUGCCGAACAGCAUCGAGCUCAGCAUUUUCUCUGAAGCUGACGUGACUGCGACGCCCGAGCCGAAACCAGCUACUUGCAGUCGCUGCGAUAUGUUGCAGAGUUUGACUUGCAACGAGGUCUUGACUGCUGUGUUCUGGGUGGACGAGUACAAUGCCGUAGUUGGUACGAAUGCCGGCCGCGUGAUGGGUGUGAAUCUCGGCUUGUCGGUCGAGCCGAGGAAAGUGCGGGAAUUUGUAUUCUCUGACCAGUCCGUAGCAAGCUGGCUCUGGCAUGGACUUGUCCAAUCGACUGCAGGCAAGCUAACAGGAAGCUGUGACGAAUCACGUACGAGGAUGAAGAACGGGGCGGCAGUACUGGCCGUGACCUGUUUCCAGAUCGAUGAAGACGAUGAUGGUAUCGACAAAGACGUUUGUGUGGUCACUAUUUCGGCUGAUUGUGUGCUAAGAGCAUGGAGUUUCAGCUCGCAGUCGUGCACAGGACGCCAACAGCUUCGAGCAUUAGUGACGACACCCCCAGACGAUUGUGAUGUGGAGGUUGAGGAACAAGACUGGAAUGAUGGAGAUGUACACAGUAAUGACGACGACGGCUGCGAUAUCGGCACCGGCGUCUAUGCUACAUAUGCAAAGGUAAUGGCUCUGUCUCCUACAGAAUCGGAUAAUUGCAGGUUGCUGGUGCAUCUGGAUUUCCUGGCAGCACACUCCCCGGAGAUUUUUUUGCUGCGAGGCGACGUGCAACUUGCUUCUAUGUCAAGUGCCGGGGCUAGUGGUGGCGAACUUGUGUUGAGCAUUGCAAGGGUAUUUACUGUGCAGGCUCCGGAGCAAAGAAUCAAGCGAGGGCUGAAGAUGGUGGAUUUCGCGGUGGACAAAGACUUGCUGUUCUCGUCAUGGCGCUCGCACGAAGGAGAUGAAGUGUACACCCAUGCAAACCCGAUGGCGCUUACAGGCCCAAAACGUAUAUUUGGUCAGCUUGUUAGCACCAUCGAAGUGCAGAUGCAAAAGUACGAGGCGGAGGAUAGUGAGUGGCUAUUUGACGCGAACGAGGAAGACGCUAUGGCGCAAAUUGACGACUUCUUUGCUGAGCGAGUACUAUUACCUGGGCGUUUUUCUCGACAAAAUCUGUCGAGUGCCAUCGUGGAAGCACAAAACGAUGCUCUUGGCAGCUCCGACUCCCCUUCGUUGUUCGAUCACAGUUUGCCAAAAUAUAAAGACGCGCUCAUUCGCCUUGUAACGCACCGAUGCGCAGACGCCGCCGGCGCCGCCGUUAUUCGCAAUGGAUCAACGUCAAAUUUGCUGCGCAUAAUGAUCUGGAAGGAGCUUAUUGCGUUGUGCACAAAGCAUUGGCGGUGCGCAAACGUGCCAAUAGGCUUUGCUACGACAAUGAACAUGCUUCUAUCUGGUGCGCCUGUGAUGCUGCGCCGCAACUGCAUAUCGCUGCUGUUUCCGUCUGCGCCAUUAGUCGCCGCUGCGUUUGCUGGGCAAGUGAAGCAAGGUUCAACGAGUGGAGAGUGCGUGGCUGCACUAGUGUCUGACGUCCUCCCGAUUUUUGAUGCGAUUCCUAGCCAAAUUUUUCAAUCGUUCGUCCACUCGGAAGUCGCUGGUGUUGCCUAUAAUCAGAAAGUGGAAUCGUUCGUGGCUUUGGCACGCCACUGCGUUCGCCUCGGCUUGAACCCGGAUAUGACUGCUUGUGCCGCUAUUGCUGGACAAAGUGUCAGCGCCGAUCUUCUUCUCACCCGCGCGAUUCUGCGCUUUGGCAAGAUACUUGGUGGUGAUGAUGCAAUCCAUGACGAAGUCUUGUGUGACCUGGUCGAGCACUUCUCACCGCUUGAGUCUGGACGUGGUCCAAGAGCCCACAUACCCUCGCCAUCCAAGCGUGAAUACAAACUCGUUAUUGGUGAUGAGGGCCACAAGAGAAAAGCUACAAUGGCGAAUGCAGAUAUCCUGAGUAUUGACCACUGUACUACUCGCCAAUUAUUUUUCGCUGGUCAUGAAAUAUGCUACGCUUUUGGCCAAGUGGCAUCGGGCGCAAUCGACGAGAUUUGCGCCCAGUCACUUCGUGUGGUGCUUUUUCUUGCGUAUUUGGUGGACACACGACCCGCAUUUUUGGGCCCCGCGACGUUAAACAAGAUUGUACAACUUUAUCUACCUCGAUCGAUUUCAGUAUACCAGCGUUGGCGGCUUAGUCAAUGGGUUGUAAGCCAAGGUUUUGCGCUGUCAGGUGCUGAUGCAGAUCUUGCUGCGGCAUCGACAGCUACGCUCACGCAGUCACUGCUGCAAAUGUUUCUUCUGGAUAUUAAUGGAAGGCUAAACGGAUCGAACGACUUCAAGCGGGCGCUUUCAGUGUUGCAGCUCGCUAGUGCAAGCAACAGCGUGCGUAGCGAAGAAGUGCAUACUGUGUUGACGACAUUUACACGCGAUAUUCUACAGCACGUUUCGUACCCGAACGAUUCGCUGAUGCGAUUCUUACAGAAAAGGCAGCAGUACCGAAUUUUGCGUGCAAUCUUUUGCUGCAACCUCAGCGACUUUAGUUUGCACGACUCUUGGAAGAAAAGCUUUUCUCAACCUCCGCAGGGCAAUAAGGUGCACAAGCACAUGCGCUCGAUUGGAGAGUGUCUAGCUUUCGAAAGUCGGGAGGCUGCAGCAUGCUCUGGUGACGAUGUCAAUGCUCGCGAUUACGCUCGCUCGUGUUUCCAGCAAGCUAUCCGCUGCUUCAGCAUCUGUCUGACAAACUUUCUGCUGAAUCGAAAUGACCGCUUUUCGCUAUCGGAAAAAGGUUUGGAGCAGUUUAUAUACGAAGUGGUGGGGCUACUGAAGGAGACAGUGCCCCGGGGGUCCUACGACCAACUGCUGAGUUUUCUCUGGACUGUGAUUUCGCAGGCGUUUAGCCACUUGGCUCAGUACGACGGUAGUGAGCCGAGUUUUGCGGUACAAACGUUCAUUUGGGUGAAUGUGUUCAAGUAUUCCGUCGAAGAGCGACUGUUUCAUGAUGCACAUCUUGCGCUUAUGCACACAGCAGAACUUGCGACUUCGUUAAGUGGAUCAGCGAGUACAGGGGAAGCUGAAAGCACGGCCAGUGAAUGCGUGAACUACCUUGUGAAGGAGCUGUACCGCUACGGUCAGUUUGACCUCAUCUGCGACUUGCACUGGGGAUCACUACAGCCACAAGUGGAAAAUCAUAUUCUCUGGCAAGCCGGCAACGCUACUGUUGUCCAAGGCGACGGCUCGCAUGGAAGUGCCAUCCGGUAUUACAAUUUGCUCUACACGUUUUACAUGCGCAAACAGCAACCAGCAAGUGCGGCGUCUGCGAUGUACACUCUUGCGCAGCGUUUACGACUGACAAUAUCGGCAUCGGCAUCAAAAGCAGUGCUUGAGGCGCAGCGAAACGCCUUGAAUGCGGCCUGCAACGCCCUGCAAGUGCUUCCCAGUGAGAACCGCUGGAUCGUGCAGAAUACGCACGCUGAGGAGCUCAAACGGCUUUCGUUGGAUGCUCCUGAACACGUUAGGGCCAUGCCAUAUACGAGUGUGGUCACGCUGGAAGAUGUGAAACGCGAUUUGUCUGUACUGGACGGCAAGUUACGUUUGCUAUCGUAUGACUGUUCAGAAGGUACAUUGCUAGGCACGAUGGAUAGAGAUGAGGUGAUUGCUUUGCUCGUGGACGCCGUUCACCGCAGCUGCCACAGCACAGGAAGUUCAACGGAGGCCGAACGUGGGAGAGCUGGAAUACACUCUAUUGAGAUAGCAGCUGACAUUGCAGCUAGGAGUCCGGUGGCUACAAUGUCGGGUUUGACAAAAUCGCUGGCUCGUUACUGUGCAAGCAGCGAGCACCCUACGCUUCCACUUUCAUCCUCGCGGUCCGACAGUGACUUGUUAUGGGAACUUCUCGAGUCGUUGCUAGCUAAUGUGGGAUCACUAGACCAGUACGAGGUUGCUGCUGAGACUGUUCUGGACUUUUGGCCACAAGCAGGACGCAAGCUUGUGCUUCCCGAAUGGCUGAAGGAGCGGCUGGCGAGUUCAACGUCUGGAAAUCCAGUCAAGUUACUAGCGCUCUAUUUGAAGCAUGGAUUGCUGCUAGAAGGGCUGGAGCUGGUCGAAGGUCUAUUGCUUGAUGUUGCCGCCGUCGGCAGAGAAGAGCAGCCAUUGACGUCCAGCGCUCUUUCACCAGACUGUGCGUGGAUUCCGUACAAUCUCGUCGAUAUGCUUUUGGAUUCGACAGCAGCCGUGCUGAACCAGAACGUCAGUGAAGGUGCGUCGCAUACCGAUGUCGCGAGGCUUCGCGAGCAUGAUUACAGGCUCCGUCAGCAACUGUCUCGAUACUUUUGCUCCGCCAACGCGCUGCAGCAAGCACAAGAAGCUGCAAGUCUCGCGCGCAGUUGCAUUGGAAUAGACUCGUAG